GGGGGUUGGGGGGAGGGGGGAGGGGAAAAGGGUGAAGAGGGGGAGGCGGCCGAGGGAGGGGGUGGGGGCCUGGCGGGGGCAUCCGGCGGAGCUGGGGUCCCCGGGCGCCGUCCGGAGGAAGCGAGACUGCGCUCCCUCCGGCAGUUGGAGGGGACCGGACGGGGUCGGCGGGCGGGCGGGCGGACUCGCCUUCUUGGUGACUGCGCCGUCCGGGUCCAUCCUGCCUGGCCGCAGGUGCCCCUGGAUGUGGCCGCCCCGCGCGCCCCGACCGAUCUUAUAAUCAAUGGAUAAAGUAGGGAAAAUGUGGAAUAACUUCAAAUACAGGUGUCAGAAUCUCUUCAGUCAUGAGGGAGGAAGCCGUAGUGAAAAUGUGGGCAUGAACUCCAGCAGAUGUUUGUCUGUCAAAGAGAGAAACACCAGUAUAGGAGACCCCGCUCCUCAGCAGCAAAGCAGUCCCUUAAGAGAAAAUGUUGCCUUACACCUCGGAUUAAGCUCUUCAAAGAAUUCUUCAAGGAGAAGCCAAAACUGUGCAGCUGAAAUCCCUCAGAUUGUUGAAAUAAGCAUUGAAAAGGAGAAUGAUCCGUGUGUCACCACCCCAGGAACAAGACUUGCACGACGAGACUCCUACUCUCGACAUGCUCCAUGGGGCGGGAAGAAAAAACAUUCCUGUUCUACAAAGACCCAGAGUUCACUGGAUACUGAGAAAAAGUUCGGUAGAACUCGAAGUGGACUUCAAAGGCGAGAGAGGCGCUAUGGCGUAAGCUCUGUCCACGAUAUGGACAGUGUUUCCAGCAGAACCGUGGGAAGCCGCUCUCUGAGACAAAGGUUGCAGGAUACUGUUGGGUUGUGUUUUCCUAUGAGAACUUACAGCAAGCAGUCAAAACCCCUCUUUUCAAAUAAACGAAAAAUACAUCUUUCUGAGUUAAUGCUUGAGAAAUGCCCUUUUCCUGCCGGCUCAGAUUUAGCCCAAAAAUGGCAUUUGAUUAAACAGCAUACAGCUCCUGUAAGCCCGCAUUCAACAUUUUUUGAUACAUUUGACCCAUCUUUGGUUUCUACAGAAGAUGAAGAAGAUAGGCUCAGAGAGAGAAGACGGCUUAGUAUUGAAGAAGGGGUUGAUCCCCCUCCCAAUGCACAAAUACAUACAUUUGAAGCUACUGCACAGGUUAAUCCGUUAUAUAAACUGGGACCAAAGUUAGCUCCCGGAAUGACUGAAAUCAGUGGGGACAGUUCUGCAGUUCCACAGGCUAGUUGUGACUCCGAAGAGGACACAACCACGCUCUGUUUGCAGUCCCGCAGGCAGAAACAACGCCAGGUGUCUGGAGACAGCCACGCCCACGUUAGCAGACAGGGAGCUUGGAAGGUGCAUACGCAGAUCGAUUACAUACACUGCCUCGUGCCCGAUUUGCUUCAGAUUACAGGUAAUCCCUGUUACUGGGGAGUGAUGGACCGAUACGAAGCAGAAGCCCUUCUCGAAGGGAAGCCCGAAGGCACAUUUUUGCUCAGGGACUCUGCGCAAGAGGACUACCUCUUCUCUGUGAGCUUCCGUCGCUACAACCGAUCCCUGCAUGCCCGAAUUGAACAGUGGAAUCACAACUUUAGUUUUGAUGCCCAUGACCCGUGUGUGUUUCACUCCUCCACUGUAACAGGACUUUUGGAACAUUAUAAAGACCCCAGUUCUUGCAUGUUUUUUGAACCAUUGCUUACUAUCUCACUCAAUAGGACUUUUCCUUUCAGCCUGCAGUAUAUCUGUCGUGCGGUCAUCUGCAGGUGCACUACGUAUGAUGGAAUCGAUGGGCUCCCUUUACCAUCCAUGUUACAGGAUUUUUUAAAAGAGUAUCAUUAUAAACAGAAAGUUAGGGUUCGCUGGUUAGAACGAGAACCAGUCAAGGCGAAGUAAACUCUCCUGUCCCCAAAGGGCAUUAAGUAGAUGUGCUUCUAUGUGCAGCCGGCAGCACAUCUCGAGCAAGCACACAUAUCAGUGUUAGAGUUUUCAGUCCAGUACGUAAGCUUAGUGUCUGUCAGACGCCAUCUGCUGUCCUCAGAUAAACGUGGUGCCUAUUGAAUCAACCGAGAUAGAGCUACUGGUGUUCAGUAAGGCCUACACAAACGUCCUACCUAUUUAGCUAAGGGUUUGGUUUUUAAUGGCCGUCGUAAUCGAGCAAAGCAACUCUGGGGCAUUUGCUAUGAAGAAUUCUAUUUCUUACUGAAGAACAAAUUAUUAAUAUUGGAUGGUAUUUCAACAGUGUGACUAAUGUUUGCAAUUAUUAUUUUUUCUAAGAAGUUUUCUAUAACCUUCCAAAAGUAGUGAUGUUUGUAGUUAUUGUAAAUCAAGCUUCAGAAGUCCAAAAAAGUCAAGACUGCCUUCCUUUUAGAAAAAAGAAAAAAAUGCAAUUUUCUGGCCACAAGGGCAUAGUGCACUUAAGUACUGAUAGUUUAUAGUCAGCCUCCUUUUCUGCCAAAAGGCACUGUUUAGUAAAACCAGGUUUUCUAAAUGGUAGUUCUUAAAAUUUCACACUUACAAAGUUAGUAGUAGAAUUUUAUUUAAAGGCCCUAAGUAUUAAUGAUUUCUAUGAGUGCUUUGACUUAAGCCGGCAUUUGGAAUAGCUACUGCAGCGUAGUCUUGUGUGUGUGUGUCUUUAAGUUGACAUGUGCAGCUGAGUCCUUGAUUCAUUCAAGUUGGAUCUUUCCCUACAGCCCCUGCUGUGUUUGUGAACCGUGAAGAAAAUGAGACUGGAAGAUGCCCAAACAAGUCAGAUGAUAAUAACUACAGUGGUUUCUAAUGUUGAGAUUAUUGUUAAACUGUAAUUAAUUAUUUGGAUGGCAGUAUUUAUCCCUUUGUUGUAAACGCUCAUAGCUGAACUGCUUAAAUAUAAUUUAUAGAAUUUCAGUGCAGUUAAUUUUUAAUGGAAAAAUCUGAAAACUAAAUUGCAGAUUUAAAAGGUACUGUACAACCGUCGUAAUCUGUAAAUAGCUCUACUUAGCACCUUUCUGUCCCUUAGAAUAGUAUGCAAUACUACUUGAGUGAGCGCUUUUGGAAGUAAUACCAAGUUCAAGUUCUAGUGUUGGCUUCUUAGUAUUGAACUGAAUUUACAGUUCUGUCCUAGACAUUUUGCACUAAAAUAGUGGACUCCAUUCCUGUGUCUUUUUGUUCACGUGCUCUGUACCACUGGUGAGUGCGCCUUAGUUUCCUUACCUGCUGCUACAGAAUGUUAUUUUACAUCCCUACGGCUAUUGCCAAGGCUACGAAAAAGAGAAGCUAUAUUUGUAUGCAACACUAACCCUUUGACUGCUGAUGUAUGUUUCUGCUUGCUGUGCCUUGUUAUGGCUGCUUUUCUGUGCUAAUAAAGUAUGUUUGGUGUUCUCCUUGUAUAUCUGCUGUUUUAUACAUUUGCAACAAUUUCUCUUGUAAAUGGAAUGGUUUGGGGUUUUUAAAUAAGCAUCACCUUACAACCUACUAUAGUUAAUGCAGUCUAUUACUGACUUAACGGAGUAAGCUAACUCUAAAUUUAAUGCCUUUACAUCUUUCCAAUCCUAAUCACAUACACUGUGGAACAGUAUCUAUAGUUACUGCAGAUUACUGUACAGUUUAGAUCUUAACAGAGAAAAUUAACAGUUAUAUUGACUAAACCUAUUGAUUUCUCAGCUUAGAAGUGAAAGAUUGAAACUAGCAAUGACAUGUUAUAGUAGACAAAUAUGUAUAGCCUCCCACUGCAUCAGAAACAGGUUAAGUGAAGUUUGUAAACUAAUAACACAUCAGCACUAUUUGUUGGUUUGGGGACCAUUUUAACUGUUAAUAAAUGCCCAAAAUGUAGAACUUGAACCAAAGACUUGUCUAUUUUAAAGCCAAAUGGGAAUUGAAGGGAUUUAUGAUUCCUGUGAAAUCUGAUAGGAGUCCCUGAGGAACGAAUACCAAAGUGUUUGAGAACUUCAUCCAAACCUACUUUAAAGCAUUAUGUGCAAUUAAGUUGUUAUGACAUAAAAUUAUAUUGCAUAAUUGUUGGGUUCAUUUUCUUGAGCUUAUAAUGUACCUGAAAAAUAAACCUCUUGAAAAAACAAAGCAGUCCAUAAUGAUUAUUGGAGAAGGACUAUAUAUACAAGUAAGAUCGUGUUUUAAAGAGGUAACUUGAAACUCCAAGAAAGCACUUGAUGUUUUAUAUGCUUGUAACAAAUUGAUGUUCUAAUUAUAGUUUUAUAGAAAGUAUUAAUAACGCUUUUAUGUGUUUCAGAACUUUUGUAUGUUAAAUGGAAAUUGUUUUAAAUGUAUAAAUAUUUGAGUUUCUGUAAGCAUGUGUACACUGUGCUAAAAGUCACUUAUGUUUUAGUUUGUGUGUAAUAUUAAUAUGCAACUUUUGGCUAAAAAAUUUCUUAAAAUAUCAGUGGCUUACAUUUUACAAAAGAAAAAUCACCAGCAUGAUAUUGCACCAAAGUCUAUAUUCACUGUGUCUUUUUCUCAAUCCCCUUGUAGCCUGUCAACUAAAUUUGUGUGUUUAUGGUCUCUUUAAAGUGUAUUUUAAUAUAAAUCAGGAAAUUCUUUAGAAGUUUUGAUACAUUUUUAUAGUGAAGUAAUUAACCCAAGGAAAGUUGAUCUGAUUCCUAUCCGUUCUCAUUAUUUCAUUCGUAAUUCUCUGUCUCUCUCAGUGAUAAAGUGAUAUCACUCCCUAGGGUGAUACUGUUAGUAUCACUUUAGUUUGGAGAAUAAUGUUACCUUCUGAUUUAAAAUCAUUCAGAGGCCUUAUUCUGAGAUAUAGCUGAGGAGAAUCCUUGUACCGUUCACAUUUGAUAAUCUGCACUAAAUCUUAGUCUUGUGAUUAUAGUCUUGUUUGUAAUACAGUCACCUUACAAAGAAAGCAUCCAUCAGUUUUUUUUUCCUCCCCGUGCUGAACACAGUACAAAACUUUUGAAGAAGAAACAACUUGGUUUAAAACAAUUUUUAAGAAUCAUAUUUACAUUUACGUUUUGUAGCAAAAAUGGAACCCAAAUAAUGAUGCUCCACAAACCAUCUGUGUUCUUCUGGUCUCUAAGAAGUUUUAUAACAACUUAAGCCAUAGAAACAAAAACUGGUACAUGAAUUCUAAGCUUCGUUUUGACAAAACUCCCAAGUUUAUGAACAGCAUUUUUAUUUAACGUUUUUAUCUGGUUGCUUUUCAUUUUCAUCCCAGAGCUUCCCUUGCUCCCUGGCGCUCGACACUAAUAUUGUAAGUUUUAUUGAGAUUGGUCUUAGAUCUCUUAAUUUUUUAUGGCAAAAAAAGCUAUAAAACUCUUUUCUGGCAGAGGCAUAGAGGCUGUGAGGAGUCAGAAUCCUAAGAAAGAUACAGAGCCUACAUCCAUCUGUGGGAGUGUGUUCACUUAUCCUGUACCCCAACACAUACAGUUUACCUAGGUGAAAUGAGAGAAAAAUGAACACAGUGUUGACAGCAGAUGAGGAAAGUCUUCAAAGGGAGACAGUACUGUUUGGUGCAUAAAACUACAUAUAUAUGAGGUUUGGGUUCUGUUUCAUAUUUUUAUAAUAGUUGAUACAGAACAUAGACUUCUAGUAAUAUGUUUCAAGGAAUUUGGGGUAGAAUCUUUUGUGGGAGGUGUUUUUCUUGAGGGGGAAUGAGUUGCCAUUUCAAAGUACAGAGAUUUCAAAAGUAUAGAUGAGUUGGAAGAACUGUUUAUGUCUGGGAAACUUGACUGAAUAUUUAGAUUCCAGCCACUCAACAAAUACUCAUUGAAGACCUGUGUACCAGUCAUCAUCUUAGGUGAUGGAUAUACAUUGGGUUACAGGACAAAAUCACUACCUUCUAAAGUGUAUUACAUACUAGUAGAUGAGACAGCCAUAAAAUACAAACAAAAUAAUUUCAGAAAUAAGACGAGAUAUGGUGACAGAAUAAUGGCAUUAUUUUAUAGGGACAUUGGGGAACAGUGACCUUGAAUGAUGAGAAGGAGGGAAUAACCCCAACAUCAAAGAAAAGAGUAUUCUAGAUGCUGUUAAUAAAAGUCAAGUCCCCAAAGCAGAAAUGAGCAUAGAUGCUGAGGAAGAAUACCAGUAAGAACGAAGUCCAGUGAGGAGUGGGGAAUGGUAGGUGAUGAGGAUGUAGAGAUUGGCAAAGGCCUGACCAUUUAGAGCUAUAAACUCAAGUAAGGAAUUCAGAUUUUAUUGAGUGUGAUAGAAAGCCACUGGAGGAUUCUAAGCAAGAGUGUGACAGGGUCUGCUUUACAUAUCUCUGGUGCGUGGAUAGUACACUGUAAAAAAAAAAAGCAAACUAUUGCGUAGAGUCAAUUCCAACUCACAGCGACCCUAUAGGGCAGAGUAGAACUGCCCCACCGGGUUUCCAAAGACUGGCUGGUGGAUUCAAACUGCCAACCUUUUGGUUAGCAGCUGAGUUCUUAACCACUAGUGGGGCAAAAUAAAGGAGACUAUUGCAAUCAUCCAGGUCAGACAGUGGGGACCUGGCUGGGGUGGUGGAUGUAGGGAGAAGUCAGAUUCAGGAUGUAUCUUGAUGGUAAAGCUGACGGGAUUGAGUGAUGGAUUAAAUGUAAAGAAGAAAGGAGAAAUGAAAGGUGGCUCCUGAGCAAGGAUAAUGAUAACCAUUAAGAGAUUUCAAAACACCAGUAAAGGAUAAAAUUGGAAGAUGCACACAGAAUGAGUAAAGUUUAAGGGUGUUGCUGUUGGAUGCCGUCAAGUCAAUUUUGACUCAGGGACUCCACGCGACAGAGUAGAACUGCCCCAUUGGGUUUUCUUGGCUAUAAUUUUAAGUAUUUGAGGGAAGUAGUUAAGGCAACAUUUAGGUAAUCAUCAAUUCAAGAUUGUGUGUCAAUAGAUUUUUUUUUAAUUCAGUAGAGUGGACUUGCCUUUCAAAAGGUUUUAAAAUACUGGAAUCAUAAACCUUCCACUGAAUUUUUUAAAACUAUUGCUGGCUUUCCAUGUCAGUUUUGCUUGUGUAUCUUUUUUAGUAUAAAUUUUAUAUGAAGAUAAUACAAGUUUAUUCUAGAAUGUUCAGAAAGUACUCAAGAUUAGAGCCAGUACCAAUUUCUCCACCAUCACCAGCCCCACCCUGCCCCUCCCAACUCCCAUAUUGUAAUCUUCCAGAGAUAACUGCGAUUAACAUUUGUUACAUUUCCUUCCAUGCUUCUGUGCAUUUUUAACAAUUUAAAGAUCAAAGCAUAUAAAGUAUAGAGUUGUAGGCCUCAAGUUACUUUUAGAGGGUUUAUACUCAAAUAUGCUUCAAAUUAUACUCUUCACCUGAGUCAGCAUGGACCCAGAUUUCUUAUCACUUCAGUCUUUUGAGGCAGAUCAUUUAAUGGUUAGAGUAACCGAGAUAGACAAGGCUCAGUCACUGAGGGUUUCCUGAAAUAAAAUAGCAGUAGGUGAGGACCCUCACCUCAUGGAACUAACAAAGUAAUAUGAAGAAACAGGCAAAUAAGAAAGUUUAUAAUGAUAAUAAAUAUGUGAACAUAGAGCAAAUAAAAAGUAAUCAAAAACUGGUUGCAUGAGUGAUAGGAACCCUGGUGGCGCAGUGGUUAAGAGCUCGGCUGCUAACCAGAAGGUCAGCAGUUCCUUGGAAACCCUAUGGGGCGAUUCUACUCUGUCCUGUAGUGCCACUAUGAGUUGGAAUUGACUCAACGGCAAUGGGGUCGAGCAUGAAAAGGAAAAGCAGAAAAGUGACCCAAGUGGAGUCGGGGUGACGUGGGAAGGUGUCCUGGAUUUGUUUAACUACAGAAGCGUCUAAGAAUGUGAUUUGGCAUAAGAUGGUGGGAAGGCCAGGUAGAAGUGGCAAGUAGCAACUGAAGAGGGGCAGGAUUGAGGUGGAGGAACGCCUUGAUUGUAGCCCUUGAGUAUGCUAGACUGAAGAGUCUAAACUUAUCAGGGUUCUUAAGGAAGAAUUAGAAAUUAUUCCAGCUGCAGUAAGAUGGACUAGAACCGGGAGAGCCUGGAGUCAGGCAAAUCGGAGAAAACGGCCCUUUCUAAGACAUGAGUUCCUAGAUCAGAUUGAUAGGACUGGAACUAAACUGAGGAGAGCAUCUGAGAGAAGUUACAAAAGAAAAGAUGAGCACAGUUUUGGGUGAGGAAUCUGUUCGCCUAGGAGGUUUCUAGUUAAAUAUGCCAUACGUAGUCUCUUCAACUGGAAACAAAUCGUUAGAAAGCAGACGUAGUAUCUCCUUUUAAUAUGAAUAUGUAUCCUGUGUUUAAAUAAAACUAAAUAUGGUAAUA